GGCUGGAGGCCUUUGAAGACAAUCUUAUGAGUGUAGUUUGGAUGGUGUACGAUGCUCCAACAGAAAGCGUGCGAAGCCUAAAUACCACAUUUGAGUCGCUAUGAGCUCAUGCUCAAAUGUUUUCGCCAGUCGUAACCGAGCUGUCAAAAUGCAAGUUCCCGUCAUCAGCAUGGCUUUGGUCCUCCCUUCCUUGCCUAUCAUGGAUGUCGGGAGUUACACACAAAUACUGUUUGGAUGUCACCUUCGCUAUCCUGACGAAUGCACCUACUAUAAUGUCCUAUCAAACACGGUGAACACGAUCAGGAGCCAUAUGUGCAAUAUGUCGGUCAGGCCGAGUCGACGUGUUCGGAGUUGGGAGCAGGUUGACCGCCGAACCGCGCCUCUCCAGUACAACGUUGGAAUGUAUUCGAGACGUUAGCAACAGUAGCAUGGCGUAAUAUAUGUGUCGAUAACAUAGCUCUGGUGUGCUUGGCACGGUUUGCUACUUCAUCUCUACGGGAGCGCGAACGCCGAUUGGUCAAUGGUAGCGGUGAGUAUAGUUGGAGGUGUUACUGCA